AUGAGCUUCACUGGCAAGUAUGAGCUCCAGUCCCAUGAGAAUUUUGAGCCUUUCAUGAAAGCCUUUGGAAUUCCUGAUGAUGUGAUCCAAAAGAUAAAGGACAGCAAGUUCACUGCAGAGAUUGUGCAGAAUGGGAAGAAGUUUAAGACUACUACAACCAUGGGCUCCAAGGUGAUGAAAAACGAAUUCACCCUUGGGGAGGAGUUUGACUAUGAGCUGAUGACAGGAGACAAAAUCAAGGCUGUUUUUAAUCUGGAAGGGAACAACAAACUGGUGGGAAACAUUAAAGGGAUGAAGUAUGUCAACGAGCUGAAAGGAGACAUCAUGACCAGUGUAGCCACCAUGGGUGACAUCACCUACAAGAGGGUCAUGAAGAGAAUCUAGAAGCUGUACACACAGCAGCCACCUCUCUGUGUAAAAUGUGUCCAUUAAAGUCAACUUUGUACU